GAGGCGACUGGAGUCUCAGCCGGCCCGGCCCGGACACACGCUUAUUCAGUGUCAUUUCCUCGCCUGCGUCGCAUCGCAGCGACUAGACUUGCCUCCGCGUCGCUCUGCAGUCCUCGCCCAGCCCGCGCCGCAAGAUGCUGCUGCGCCUCGUCCUGGGCACGGCCAUGCUGGGCAUCGCCUCGCUGGGCGUGGCGUCCGCGGGGAAACUUCCCCCGGACAUCAAGCGCUGCGUGCGGUCCGACCCCGAGCUGUCCGAGUGCCUGCGCGGCGCCGUCGAGGAGACGCUGCCCAAGCUCAAGAAGGGCCUGCCCAAGCUGGGGCUGCCCGUCCUCGACCCGCUGUACGUCCAGGAGCUGCGCAUCACGCAGGGCGGCCAGGGCCCCCUCAACAUGGACCUCACCCUCAGCGACCUCGUCACCACCGGGCUGCUCGACAACGACAAGGUGUACUCGGCCAGCAUAGACCUUAACAGUAUGACCAUCAACGCGUCGUUCGUGUUCGCCCGCGCGGUGGUCAGCAGCAACUACACUAUCAAGGGACGUGUGCUCGUUCUGCCCGUUGUUGGCCAGGGCGAGAGCAAAGUUGUGUUACAUGAGUGUUUCUGCGUGUGGAAAAUACAAGGAAAGAAACUCACCAAGAAAGAUGGCAAAGAUUAUUUUGAAGUGAUCGGUGUGAAUUUGAAAAUGACUCCAAAGAAAAUGGAGAUGCGCUUUGAUAAUCUAUUCAAUGGAGACAAACAGCUCGGAAAUACUAUAAACAGAGUAGUAAAUGAAAACUGGCAGCUGGUCUACAAUGAGAUUGGAUCAUCAUUUGAACAGGCUUAUGCUGAAGUAAUCAAACAGCACACUAGAAGUCUCUUCCUUCAUGUUCCAAUAGAUGACUUCCUACCAGUAAAGUAGUGGUUUCUUAAUUUUGGUACAGGGGUCACCUGCGCAUGUUAUUUAAAAAUUAGAAACUUUGCCUAUAUAAUUGUACCAAAGUGCAUAAGUGAAUCUGGAUAGGUCCUUUUUCCAGAAAAAGAGACAGAUUUACACUCAAGUUAAUCAUUCAUUCAUUAUUUUUUUUUACCUAUUGUAACACUACUACAGUACAGUACACUGAUGCCUCUCGGUCACGUGAUGUUUCAUACGAAAAGUUUGGGGGAAUGUUGUAACAUUCAAAUACAGCAAUAUAAGUUUCAGUUAACUGGUGGGAAAAAAGAAAGAAAUGUAUGAGCCAAAUGCAACUUCCCUUGAAGCAUGUAAUACCAACAGAAGCAAAUAAAAUAUACAUCAAUCAAA